GUGUGGCGGUGGCCCCUUUUUAACAACACUUGGGUCCGUCCCUGGGUUCCGCGCCAAUUUCCCAUUGUAUAAAUUGUUCAAUUCUUCUUUGAAUCAUUUCAUCAAACACAUUGCAGGCAUUACUAAAAUCCCCCUGAUUACAUCAACAUUUCAAUAAAAUUCCAUAGCUGGUGAUCACGGUUAGUUAUAACCCGCGCAACAACUGGUUAUUAGAGACACUCCAAACCAAAUGAAACCUCUUCGAUUUGACUAACGAAUGAGGAAGCGCAUUGCAGACACGCAAAGGAUGUUGUUCGUUUGAGUUAUGAACAUGUUAGGAUUUGGAUAAUGUUGUUUGUGUCUGUUUUUUAUGAAAGAGUUUGAAGAGAAAAUGUGAUGAAAAAGUUUAUUUCAUGAAAUUAGCAAGACAUGUAACUGAUGCACUGAAUGCAGAGGGGGAAUAUAAUUGGCCAUGAUGAGGUCCGAAGAAGGGUAUGAGGAUGUUAAAGUACACACCACAAGACAGAAUUGUGCAGAAUUCCUAUUAUAACGCAGGAGAGAUAGUGUGCGAUCCCAGAAAGGGACCUGGCCGCACGAGCCAAAUCCGUUCUGCUGUCAACUGUUGUCCAGAUCCAGAUCUUAAAACGGACCAGGUCUUCGCUCCUAUCCUCCUAAGUGCGCUUUUUGCAUUACUUUUUCCUGGUGUGAUUUCUUGGAAAAUCAAAUGCAUCGUCUUCCAGAUCACAUAUACGUUUCUUCUUCUUCUUCUUCCUCUUCUUCUUCUUCUUCUUCAGAUGAUGAUGAUGAAUAUAACCCUAUUACAAAUAGAGACAACACAAAUCAACUUGCCCAUGAUCCCCUUCUGUGUAGACCACCUCGGAGUUCAGCUCAUAGAGUUUUGCCAGUAGUUGGUGCUUUCGCUGUUCAAUGUCAUUACUGUUCUAAAUGGAGGUUAACUCCAACGGAGAAAAAAUAUGAAGAAAUACGUGAACAUAACCUUCAACAUCCUUUUGUUUGUGAAAAUGCUCGGGAGUGGCGACCCGAUAUUUCUUGUGAUGAUCCAGAGGAUGUUUCUCAGGAUGACAGUAUGAUUUGGGCUAUUGACAAGCCAGGAAUUCCACAGACUCCAGAUGGAUGGCAGCGACUGCUACAAAUCAGAGGUGAAGGAAGCAGCCAAUUUGGAGAUAUAUACUAUGAAGCACCAUCAGGCAAGAAAUUGCGCUCAAUGCCUGAGGUGAACAAGUUCUUGGCGAAUCAUUCAGAGUACACGACAGAUGGUGUUACAUCUGCACGGUUCUCAUUUCAAAUGCCUAAGCCCUUGCAAGAGAACUAUGUGAAGAAGAAGCGCUCUCAUGCUAAAUCUGUUGAACCUAAGCAAGGGAUUCCUGUUAGUCGUCCUGCAAAGAAGCAAGCAACUCAAAGUUUCAUCCAUAAAGAUGCAGUUUAGUGGAGAAAGAAGUCAACUGAAGGACCUGAUCAAAUUUCUAAAUCCCCUUUUUUGCAUUGAUUUUGGUGUAAGAUUGCAUCUUACUCUGUAAUAUUUCUUUUGAGUGGAGAAAUGUAUGAUUUUUGGAUUAUUGUGCAUGGUGAUAUGCGUGGUUGCAUCUUACUUUUGUUAAAAAUGAACUGCGAUAUUGGAGAAAGGCAUAGCUGGACAUGUAUUUUGCGGUAUGAACUGAGCAUGCCGAAAACGUGUAUGAUAUACUAUGACUUUGAGUUGAAAAGUACUUGUCUUAGUCUUUUGAGUA